GGAACCGCUGACGAUCAUGGCGGCCGCGCCGCCGCUGCGGGACCGUCUGGGCUUCCUGCAGCGGCUCCCACUUCUCCUGAAGGGAACGUCGGACGAUGACGUCCCGUGUCCGGGCUACCUGUUUGAAGAGAUUGCUAAAAUCUCCCACGAGUCGCUGGGCAGCAGCCAGUGCCUGCUGGAGUACCUCCUGAAGCGGCUGUGCAGCAGCUCUGGCCACGUGAAGCUCAAGGUGCUGAAGAUCUUGCUGUACCUGUGCGGCCACGGCUCCCCGUCCUUCCUGCUCAUCCUCAAGUGCAACUCCUCCUUCCUCCAGGAAGCCACAGAUUUUUCUGGGCCCCCAGAUCCUCUUCACGGGAACAGCUUGUACCAGAAGGUGCGGGCAGCUGCCCAGGACUUGGGCAGCACCUUAUUCUCUGACGCCCGGCUGCCUCUGCUGCCCUCCCGGCCACCGCGGGCCCUACCUCCAGCAGGCAUGGGCUCCCAAGGCAGGCCUCACAGUGCCCUCCAGGGCUUCGGCUACAGCAAGGAGGUGGGCUGCCCAGGCUCUGCGGGCGAGGCCUUUCUCUCCACCAUCCAGAAGGCGGCGGAGGUGGUGGCUAAUGCUGUACGCCCUGGGCCUGAGAGUUCUACAGGACCCCUACUGCGGGGUGACACCUACCAGCCUGCCAUGACACCUUUGACCAGCCAUGGUCACCUCACCCCUGGGAACCCACUCCCAGGGGCCCGAGCCAUGAGACACCGGCCCGGGCAGGCUGGUGGGGGCUGGGACGAGCUGGAGAGCAGCCCCGGCUCCCAGGAUUCCUCCCAGAACAGCGACCUGAGCAGGGCCUCCGACCUGGGCAGCCGGUCUGGCAGUGACAGUCACUCAGGGGCCAGCCGGGAGCCGGGAGACCUGGCAGAAAGGGCCGAGGCUGUGGCCUCCAGCGACUGGCAGCAGGAGGUGAGCCUGGUGAGCAGCGUGACACGUGGGCCAUGCGCCUUCCUGAGCCGUGAUGAGGCGCAGCACUUCAUCAAAGAGUGCGGGCUGCUCAACUGUGAGGCUGUGCUGGAGCUGCUGAUCCGCCACCUGGGUGCGCCCAGCGAGUGUGCGCAGAUGAGAGCCCUGUGCGCCAUCGCCUCCCUUGGGUGCGCCGACCUGCUUCCCCAGGAGCACAUCCUCCUCCUCGCCCGGCCACGGCUGCAGGAGCUGAGCACGGGCAGCCCCGGACCCGUGACCAACAAGGCCACCAAGAUCCUGAGGCACUUUGAAGCCUCCUGUGGCCAGUGGCCCCCUGCCCAGAGGUCCCCAGCCCAGCCUGGUCCUGUGGCCGCCCCAGCAGGCUCAUCUGACCUGCUGACUGACACCCUGCCGCUCGCCGGGGGCUGGGUCUUCCUCCAGCCUCUGAGUUCCACCCCGAUCCUGCCCCAGGGCCCUGUUCCUCCCUGGGGGCUGCAGCCCAGCCCGGCGCCCACUCCACUCGCAGAUGCCUCCACCCUCCCAGUCCCUGGGGACUCCAGCGCGUCCAAGACCAGACUGGCGGGUUCCAGGGAGCAGGGGGCAGGUCCUGAGCAGGGCCUGGGCGGCACGGACACCCCAAAGGGUGGACCCGACAGCUGCCUGUGGAGUCGUGACUCCUUGUUUGCUGGCAUGGAGCUGGUGGCCUGCUCCCGCCUGGCGGGGGCCGGAACUGCUGCGGAGUCCCCGGCCCCCCAGGGCCCCCAGAGAUCGGCACAGAGGGUGGCAGCUAUAGAGCCUCCUGGCUCUGAGCUGUCGGCUUUCUCCUUUUUAAACGUGUGACCACAUUGUUCUGGCCACACAUGGGGGGCCCCUGCCUCAUGCCGUCCCCUUCUCCCACAGCCCCCAUACCCACAAGGAGCUGUUCUCCUCAGGUGUCCACCGCUGGCCGCCUUGCCCUCCCCGUAGCCCCUUCCCCUCACCCACCAGGGCCUGGGUACAGCAGCCCUUGAGCCAGGUGAGCCCCGAGCGGGCUGCCCAGCAGUCAGAGGACACUACGAACUCCCCAGGGGGCCCUUCAGGAUGCCACCACCCAGCCAGAAUGGGCGUCACUGCAGAGGAGGGGCCGCUGUGGAGCCCUUGGAAGUGGUCUCUGCAGACCCAGCUGCCCCACGGGCGCCAGCCCCCAACUGCACUCCUGCUGGAGGGAUGGGACCCAAACAGGCCCUUCUCGUGGGUAUGCUGGUGGCUGGGGGGAUGGCCUGCCUGCCUGCCUGUGGAGUUUUCCAGCUUUGGCUGUGCUUCCUGAACAGCCCUCGGCCCACGCCGCUGCAGGCUCCAGGGGACCUGACAUGAGAGGGGGACACCGGGCUACCUCAGUUUCUGCCGUCUUCUUUGCCAGAGA